GCACAAAUGUAUGCUUCGCGGGCCUUGACGUUUAAUUUUCGUGAUCGAAGGCCUCAUGAGUGUGGUCCUAGGUGCCGUCGCGUAUGUACUCUUGCCAAACUCCAGUAUCGAAACACGCUUCUUUCUACACCGCAGCGGCAACCCGCCGAGCUCGCAUCGAGAAUAAUCCAAGCCCACUAGAGGAACUUGAUGAGAAGUUCGGCUGUUCUAAACUCCGACGAGGUGUGCCGAGUCUCCAUUUCUGGCUUAUUGUGCAUUUUCGAGGCCCUAACUUAGGAUACAUAGCAAAUGAAGCGCAGUUGUUGCUUGCCAUCCCUUUUGCCGUGGCAUCUAUAACCACAAUCCUUACGGCUUUUGUGUCCGAUUCUUUUGGAAAACAGGCUAUUGUAUUGUUAUUUCCACUGACUCUUGCCAUUGCUGGAUGUAUCAUAAUUACUGCUAGUACCAACCCGAGGAUCAAAUACGGCAUGACUGUCUCGAUGGCUCGGUAUAUCGAAGGCCAUACGAUUAUGCUGGGCCUCCUUGUUGCAUCCUAGAUCUCGUAAGCUUACCCCUCCUUCCAGGCAGCAUGACGUCUUUACCAAUCAUCUAACCUAGGACUUUCUUUAAUGCUCUGUGCCGUUGGAAGAUCAAUUGGGACAAAAACAACGAGGACUGUAUGAGAAAUUUACGGGAUGUGGUGAUGACCGCAAUCCACUUUUUAAGCACAUUCUAUGAGCGCUAAUUGCUUCUGGAAAAUACUCCAGCUGCAUGCAUUCUCGGU